GUGUGUGUGUGUGUGUGCAAAUCACAGACUGUGGCUGCACGGCUGUUGUUGCAAAGGGCGUGGGCAUUGUGUGUGUGUGUGUGUGUGUGUUUUAUAUUCUUAUUAUUACAUCAUGGAUCCUCCGGUGGAGGAGAGGGAUGCACUGUUCACCCUGCGGCUGCGUGUGAGCAUCGUGACCCGCAAGGAAGCGACGAAUCACGGAUGAAGACACACACACCGUGUCGGCUUUUUCACUCACCCCCCUCACCCUGCGAUAGACAGACAGAUAGCUCCGAUUCAAAUGCAAUAAAAUAAAGAAAUCGAGCAUUUUUCUUUUGUCGUCUCGCCUCAGACAGGCUCGGCUUUGACUGAGCCUCUUAUGGCUCUGAGCAGCGGGACUGGUCCAGGAGCGCAGUGAGGUAAUCCGGGCAGAGAUGGCUGUGAGCGCAUCAGAGCCGCUCUGUCAGCCGUGCGCCUACCACGAAGCCUUCAGAGUGGAGCUACAGGUGAAGAGACCUCUGAUGCCCGUCCGGCUGAGUCCAGAGCAGGUGGGCCUGGAGAUGUUGUGUCUCUGUGGGCAGCUGGACCUCCUGAUCCGGGCACAGAUGCAGCAGUUCCAGGAGCAGUUAGGACAAGGCUGCAGCCCGGAGGAGUCAGACACUUUCCAGAUCCAAGGAUCAGAGAUUCUUGACCAGAUGUUGCAGUGCCUUGAACAUCUACCAAAGCCUAUGCCACAGCUGGAGGACUACCUGGACAUGGUCGGUCUAUCAGCAAUGUUUCCUCGAGUAGAGGUGUUCCUCAUUCAAGGCAGCCCGGUGGACAUGCUGGAGAGGCCGCCAAUGGACGAAUAUUUCUUCCACAUUGCCAAACUGAACCAGCUCCUGGUGCUGAGUCAACAGCUCGAAGAAGAUAUCAGACACCUUGGAAGUCAUAAAUACAUCGCCCACCAGCUCUCGGUUAUAUAUCAAGUCAUCAGCUCUUUCAGAGGAAUUCAGGCUUUCUCUGAAAUAAAGAAAGACAUCGAGGCCAACUUCAAACAGAUGAAACAGUGUCUGGUGGUAGAGGAAGGCUCCAGGCACGAACCUCAACUGGCUGCUCAGUACAUCAACUGGAUAUUAGAAAUAACUCAAGGUUUAACAUCAGCGGUGCUUUCACUACCGGAGGAGCUGACAGAAGACCUUCACCAGGCCGUGACCUUCAUGUCCCAGUUCCUGUCCUGACCCGGCACCGGUUUCCUGUGGGAGGCUGCGUCCCGCUUCGAAAUGAACUGACGUUGUUGUAACUGUGAAAACGGAGCUACACGACUUCACAACUACACAUUUACAAAUCAUGUAGGUUUUUAUAUUGUCGUCCUGAAUGUGGCACAUGUUACUCCCCAAUGUGAGUCAGUUGUUUGGAAAUGAAUGUACGCUUGUCGAAUCCCUUCUUGCACUACUGUUAUAACUACUGUUAGAAGUUUCUUUUCUUUUUUUUUACCUGAAGUGGAAUAAUAGUAAUAAUAAUAAAACUGAAUGCAAUAGGGACAUUUGCUUUCCUCCUGUUGUGUUGAUGUUCAUGAAUAGUACAAGAACAGACGUUUUCACUCGUCAUGGCACAUAGAGGAGAGAGAACAUCUCUUACAAAAUUCUCCUUCUCACCUAGAAAUCCCUCAAUGCCUUAUCCGACCUUCUCGCUACUGUUAUUAUCUGUUCUUUGUUUUGUCGGCCUCCAUAUUUGUAAAGCAUUUGUUGUUUGAGAAGUGUUAGAACAAAAAACAAAACAAAAAUCAAAAGUCACAAGUGUGUUUCAUUGAUACGAUCAUUGAUAUUGAUCAGCGUGCUUAUUCAAAUGAUGGUUUGUGUGUACUGUAUUUGUGCAAAAACACAUUUUGCAAUAAUAUUUUUUUUGCCUAGGUUUUUGUGAUUAGUGUGUAGAGGUUUGCAAAAAUAGUAACAAAGUUUCAAAGCUAGUGGCUUAGGUUUAAAACAGAUGAUUUAUUAUUAUAUGAGUUAUAUAUUAUUUACAUUUUCUAUUGUUUGUGUUUCAAAGAAGCUAUAUAUGACACACUGAUGAGAGACGUGUUAUUCUCGUUUGCCCGCUAAUCCAUGAUGACAAACUCUGAGACAGGCCUGAAGACCAGCACACAUUCAUUCAUGGACAUUAUAAAGCCUCGAGUGAAUUUCAGUCAGAAAUGAAACUCCAGAGAAGUAAUUCAACAAAAUAUAUUCAUUUACACCGACAUGCAGGACAUUUUAUAUUUAUAAAAGCUCUAAUAAUGACACUCAAGUAGAAAAUAUCCACUAAAAGUUUCCCCAAUCAAUAUUUUUAUCCUAAACAACGUGAAAAUAAAAGGAGUCGAUUCAUAGCGACCAACCCACACUUUGCAGUUCUAGUAAAUAGAAAAACAGACUUUAAAAAGCAAAUAGAUAUAACCUUACAUUAAUAAAAAUGAUGUUUAUGUUUGGAGUCUGUACUUAGAACUCCUUUUGUCUUGGUCUUGGUAUUCACUGCGUGACAAAGGUUUUUAGACAGACUCACUUCCUAUAAAUAUCACACAAAAAACUCUGUAGGGGAGGGGAAGUGAAAUCCAAUCACAAGUGGUCACUCGAGACACAUCUUCCAGGUUAGAAGUGACGUACUAAGAGUUCCACUAUGAGUCCACUUGUCACUGGAUCACCCAAGGUGCGUUUUAAUGCCAGGUGUGAACAGGCUCGGUGUGUCUGUAGAGCAGCACCAGAGCAGUCCAGAUACACCGCUGGUACUCAUACGUCACAGAGGACUGAUGAUGGUGUGUGAUCUCAAAGCAGACUGCAGCACCAAGAGUCAUCUCUACUUGUGAUCCUUCUAUCAGUCCCAGUAACAUGGCCCAGUCAGAGCCAGUCAGGUAACAAAGGUUACCACCAUCUAUUGAGAGAAGAGAAAGGAGAAAGUUGUGAGUUUUGUGUUUACAGAGACUUCCUUCAUCAGCGUCACAUUCAAAAUUAAGACCAGCAUGGACUUCAGUCCUCAUCAGAACAUCUGAGUAGCUGAGCUUGAAGCUCCGAACCCUGCAGAGAAGUUCAAGUCAAGUUUGUUUACUCUGCAGAUUUCAGUACGCAGUGGAAACACACUGCUGAGAGUAAAUGUGAUUAUUUCAUCUACUGAAAUACUCCAUGAGAAAUGGGCCGAUAUAUAUAUGAUGAUUAAAGUCCUACAUGUUCAUACAAAGACUGAAAUGAGAGAACAAACAAACCCUUUACUAACCCAGAGGGAGUCCUGCAUGUUGUUUCCAGUUUCCAGGAGAUUUUUUAUUAUUUUUAAAAAAAGAGUGAGGUUGCAUAGGAUAAAUGUGUAUGCACAGCCUCAGUGUUUCUAAAACCGGCUGUGGAAAUGAAGCCAAUUAAGACAUAACAUGUAGUUUGCAGUGGUGUUAAACUGGACUGCAUUAUACUGAGAGGUGUUUCUUAUAUUUA